CAGGAACCCUUCUUCCAUGCCAUGGCUGGUCAAGAAGGUCUUAUUGAGCUCGCUGUCAAAAUGGUGGAGACAGGCAAUGUCUGCUAUGAUGGUACAGUGCGCAAUUUGUUGGGUGACCUCAUCCAGCUUAUGUACAGAGAAGAUGGGAUGCAUGAUGCAUUUAUCAUCUUUCUCUGUGCCCCCCCAACCAAUGCCUGUCGGUGUCAAAUAUCUGUCAGCCAAAAUCGUAUCCACAUUGUCUUUGCCAGGGUACUCCUCAAUGGAGCAUGUAUGCACCUCUGUCAGCCAAAAUCAUAUCCACAUUGUCUUUGCCAGGGUACUCCUCAAUGGAGCAUGUAUGCACCUCUGUCAGCCAAAAUCAUAUCCACAUCAUCUUUGCCAGAGCACUCCUUGAUGAAGCAUGUAUGCACCUCUGUCAGUGAAAAUUGUUGGCUUGUUCACAUCUUCCACAUCAACUGCUGCAAGCCUAGUGACCUCAAACCAGCCUACACUGUUGAUGCAGUCCACCAGCUUCAUGGAGAGGUUAGCAGGGAAGCACAGGUGAAUGCUUUGCUGACCUUCUGCAUGCACAUACGAGCCACACAUGCUACCUGCCACAUAUUGGAAGAGUUCCACCUCAACCACAAAGCAUUUGAGUGGGUGUUGGACAAGAUUGAGGCAAAGUUCAACCAUACUCUGGUCAACCCUGGGCAGAUGUGCAGUACUGUUGCUGCCCAGUCCAUUGGUGAACCAGCUACUCAAAUGACUCUCAACACCUUCCACUAUGCCAGUGUGUCCAGCAAAAAUGCUACACUCAGUGUCCCCCAUCUGAAAGAAAUCAUCAAUGUUGCUACCAAUAUCAAAACGCUUUCACCUUCUGUGUACUUGGAAUCCUACAUGGCCCAGGACAAGAAGACUCCAUGUUCAUUGAAUCUUUCUUCGCUAUCAUUGAACCAGUUACUCAAAGUGACUCUCAACGCCUUCCACCAUGCUGGUGUAUACAACAGAAAUGCUAAGCUUGGUAUCCCCUGUCUGAAAGAAAUCAUCAACAUCGCUACUUGGUAUGACCCCGACCCUACAUCCACCAUUAUCAAAGACUCUGUGUUCAUUGAAGCUUUCUUUGCUAUUGUUGAACCAGUCACUCAAAUGACUCUUAUACAAUAG